GGCCCCCGUCGGGGCCCGGGAGCCGAACUGGAUGCAGAGGAGGGGGUGCCCUAUGAAUUUAGGGGGGUGGGGGAAGCCAUGGGGGGUACCCACCCGGAACCCCUUUCCCAGGCGCGCCCUCUCCGCUGGAAGAGGCUCAGAGAGACACUUGCCCCAGGAUCUUAAGUGUGGGGGCGGCUGCCUGGGGGUCUUGUCCGGCCUAACGCCUCAGGCUCGGGAGAGUUGGCGGCGGGAACGAAGGACGUGCGGGGCCAUGGCCUAGGCCCCUGGGCUUCGGCUCGGGCCGCAAUGACCUCUUUGCCCUGCCCCCUCCCUGGCCGGGACGCCUCCAAAGCUGUCUUCCCGGACCUCUCCCCCCUCCCGUCGCUUGGCCUCCUGCCCGCAACCACAGCCUCCCCCGAUUUGCCCUAUUCCGGCCCGUACGGCCACCUCCUGUCUUACCCCUACACCGGGCCGGCCACCCCCAGCGACUCCUACCUGCCCUGCCAGCAGCCCGCGGCGCCCGCUCAGCCGCUUUGCGGCCCCGCCGAGCACCCGCAGGAACCGAAGGCAGACUCAAAGCCGCCGCUGUCCCUGGAGUCCUCGGAGCCCUCAGAGCGAAGCCGGCAGGGCCCGGCCAAGAAGCUGCGCAAGCCCAGGACCAUCUACUCGAGCCUGCAGCUGCAGCACCUGAACCAGCGUUUCCAGCACACGCAGUACCUGGCGCUGCCCGAGAGGGCCCAGCUGGCAGCACAGCUCGGCCUCACCCAGACCCAGGUAAAGAUCUGGUUUCAGAACAAACGCUCCAAAUACAAGAAGCUCCUGAAGCAGAACUCUGGGGCACAGGAAGGGGACUUCCCCGGGAGACCCCCUUCCCUGUCUCCCUGCUCCCCACCCCUUCCAUCCCUCUGGGAUAUGCCCAAGGCAGGAGCCCUGCCCGAGGCCGGUGGCUAUGGCAACAGCUUUGGAGCUUGGUAUCAGCAUCACUCCGCAGAUGUCCUGGCUCCACCCCAGAUGAUGUGAGUCCCAGGAAGGGUGGGUCACGCCCCCAGCCUCCUACAAAGCCCAGGACCCUGCCCACCUGCACCCCUCUGGGCCGGGAGGAAACCAGCUCCAGAUGGGUUUUCUCGGGGGAGGAGGAGCUAGAGGAGGAAAAGAGGUGGGUGGAGUUCUGUCCCCCUGACCCAAACAGCUAAAUCAAAGACGUAACUACUGCUCCCCCCAACACCGUGGACUGGACACCUUCCCUCCAGCUGGACCAAGGCUCAGGUGAGAGUCCUGCAGCUCUCCCUGCCCCUCCUCCCCCAAGAAAGGACUGCAGCCCCCACCCCCACCCCCACCCCCACUCCAGCCUGGGGGUGAAACCAGGAGGCAACUUGGAGUAUUUUUCCAGUGUGUGUGCCUUGGGCUUUGCCCAGCCCAUUUGUGAACAAAAGCAAGGCGGCCAUCCACAGCCCUCACAGUUAGACACUACGGGUUCCACCCAGCCACACACUAAUUUGCCUGGUGGUCAGCCCAUGAGUCCCACCCCCAGUAGCUCUCCGGAUGAGGAUGCUGGGCCACGGGCCUCCUGAAACAGACCGCCCUCCCCGAGUCUCCCUGUUGGAGUAGAUACUGGAUCCCGUUGUCUGCGAUUCACCGGGUAUUUAUGAAGAGUCCAUGCCCCCUCACCCCAGCCUGACAGCUGUCAGACCCCUGUGCGCACCUCUUGGAAACCCAGGAGGGUGACACUUUGGGGGACCUGAGGACAAGCAGGCUGCAGGUGCAGGCACUCCGGAGUGGGCACAGGGCCCCAGCACUUUGGCCUCUCCCAGUCUCUGCCCGAAGGAACUGCUCAGAGACAUAACCUACCUGACUAGCAUCCAUCAGCUCUCAGAUGUGAGCUGGCCAAAAUUAAAGUUUGUACCAAAACCUA